GAGCAUGAUUUCAUGGUACAUAAAUAUAGCCAUUUAUUUUGAUUCACAGCUGAACGAUUAACCCUUUUAUAUUCAUAGCUAUUGGCAAAGUUGCACCAUGAAAAUGGCAAUGCAGUCAAGGAUGAAAUACAUUAGAAGUUUGGUGUUGUUUGUUGUUGUGAUCUUUGUGACUCAAUACAUCACUACAGCGCUAAAUACAAACAAGAAGAGAAACAUUGAGACUUUACAUGUGCAACAGAAACAUUUAUCAUCAUUGAUCGAAGCCAAAAGAAGAGCCCGGGAUGAGACGUGUGGUGUAAUGCUGAACGUUAUUACGACCUUUCCAAUGCUGAAAUCGACGUACGAUAUGAAAUCACAUGGAUUUUUCAAAGAAUCUCACGAAAAAUUUGAAAGUCGUCAAAUGGACUUCGUGCAUUCUCUUGCACUGAAUAUGAAGCAUCCUUGUGUUGAGAAAAUACAUCUUCUUGUGGAAAACAUGGAUUUGGAAAGUUAUUUAAAAUCAAUGAACACAACACUCUUCUCAGCACCUGACAUAAAUACUAUGGUUCAUUUUCACAAGGUUCGAAGUUUCCCCACUUACAAGGAUUAUGCCAAAUAUGCCAAUGAACAUUUGAUGUCUAAGAACAUUGCUGUAAUGAAUGCUGAUAUAUCUCUAGGAGAUGGAUUUGAUAGGAUUAAAGAAAGUUACCUUAUUGAUCGCCAAGUUGCGUAUUGUUUAACACGUCACUCUUCACUAUUGCCCAACUGUACAUUCAACAGGAACUUCUGCAGCAGACAUUAUUUCGGAUCUCACGAUGUCCAUAUAAUGUUUAUGAAAGAAGCUUUCGAUAACUGGAGCCUUGAUUUUCUUGAUUUUCCGAUAAAUUUACUUGGUGUUGAAAACCUGUUAAUGUAUAUAAUCACAGCCAAAUUGAAUAAAACUGGACUAAACCCGUGUUCCAUUUUGAAAAGCCACCACAACCAUUGCUCUGGAUUAAGGACGGUAGAUACAGUAAAUAAGUCAAAACGUAUAAACAUUGGUCCAAAUGCAAAUUAUUCAACACGGAUCAGUUUUUCUAAAAGAUUAUUUUGACCUUUAUGUUAAGUUGUGAUGCUCAAAAAGAGUGUAGUAUAACGCCAUGGAUCAAGGAGUUUAUAAUAGAAAUACAAAUGUCAGUUUUGUAGUACCCAGUUUAUGUAGUUUGGAUUCUUGACUUCUAAAAUGGUAUUU